AUGCAAAAUAUUAGGCUUCCAGUGAUAGGCGUAGUAUGCGCAUGCUUCAUUCCCUUCGCACUCGCAAUGGACAUGGAUAGUGCGGAAAAGUAUACCAGACCGGAAAUUGUUGAUGCCGGCUCAAAAACAUUCCAUUGGUUAUGUACUCUAGUUUUGUCAUUACUGUUACCCUCGUAUGCAGCUGCUCUUUCAUUUGCAGGGAAAAGCUACUCGGCAGUUUUUUUACAAGUUAUCUCUGGAGCGUAUGCGAUCGUGGAUGUCUUAGCUUUCCGAUAUGGCGAUUGGGAUGGUGUUGAAAAUAGGACGUCUCGGGGUGCCGGAUGGUUCUUGCUUGGUCUACUGUGGCUGACAGUAUUUUUUGGAGGCCUUUCAAGCGGUACAAGUGUAUUGAUUAGAAACAAAAAGCUCCAAUCAUUCGUGUCUCAUACGGGUGAGAGAAAAUUGUCGCUCGUUCAUCGUGGGCUAUCACUGUUGGUAACCAUCACAGGAUGGGUUAAGACAUGCUUAGUGCCAGUGGCUUUUUUUGGCUUUUGUAGGGAGGAACAUACAGGACAAUGCAUAGCCCAUGGAAUUAUGGGAUCUGCUUUCAUUUUAUAUGGAUUCAUCUACGCUUUAGUUUUGGUUGUACCUUGGCUAAGAAAUUCAAAGUCGCCGUAUUCACAGGAUUUUAUUGACAGUUGGAUUAUGUGUCUCUGGGGCAUAGUAAAUACAUUUACGGAGCAUAGGUGGGGUCGUGAAGCCUGGAGUAUGGGAGAUUAUCAACACACUUUAAUGGGAAUAAUUUGGUGGUGUGGUGGUAUUUUGGGCAUAUUUUUAAGCAGAGGAGGCAGAAGAAGUUUUGUUCCUAGUUUGAUCAUAAUCUUUACAGGCUGGGCAAUGUCGGAGCAUUCACAGCAUCUCCUCAUAAGCACCAAGGUUCAUUAUUUUUUUGGUUUAGUAUUAAUGCUCGGUGGCGCUUUACGAAUUGUGGAAAUAUCAUUUUUAUUGAGGGAUCAAAGAACACUAGACAAGAUAUACUCGUUCCAAUAUCUUCCACCAUUCUGUUUGGUGUGUGCUGGCCUCACGUUUAUGGGCGCGAAUGAACAACAAUUGGAAUUAGUUCUGAGGCUCGGUGCAGAUCACAGUUCAUAUACUCUCCUCCUGGGGGCAGCUGCGUUCCUCGUAUAUUUUUGGAUGCUGACUUGCCUGGAAUUUUACGUCCGCCUGGCGGAAAGAGCAGGGCAAGGCUUUCUAUAUAAAUACUCAGAUGACUCAAAUGCCGAUCAAUCACCGGAGUUUGAGCUUCAGGGCAUUUCUGAUCCUCCAAAUAGUUCCUAUGAGUCAGAUGAUCUUCAAACUUGA